AUGAAGAAUGAAUCGAUCCGAAUCGGAGAUGGAGGUCAACAAGAUGGAGAGCGCAAUCGAAUGGGUGUUGUGUUUCUCGACAAGAACGUGAAGGCGAAACGGAAUCCGCGACGAACGGAGAAGAUCAAUAUGAUUCGCGGCAGGCUCGACGAGAACGACAAGAAAUCGUUCAAGUUCGAGCAGAUCGUCCCACUUCAUACCGAAUGGGAAAAGUAUUUUCGGGAACGAUUGGGUCCAAAGAGCGAUUUGAAGAAGCUGGACAAAUCGAUUCUGAAAGCCGAUUAUCAUGGAGCUCUGUUCACAGUGUGGAUGGCUGAAAAUGCGACGCAGAUUGGUAUCAGUGGAAUUGUUCUCCUCGAAACGCGGCACACAUUCCAAAUGGUGACGACCGCCGACAAAUUCGUGGUGAUACCCAAAAAGGGAUCGGCGUUUCGUUUCAUUCUCGACGAUCGCAUAUUCACCCUGUUUGGCGACGGAAUGCGAACACGACCGGCAUGGAGGGGAAAGAAGCCGCGAGUGAAGCGAGUUCUUCCGAUGUUCAUUCGGGGAACUCUGGCGCCAGUUCCGGAUGGUGGGGAGCAAUUAGCUCUUUAA